UAAAAACAAAAUAAAAUUUGAAGGCUUGUAACCCUCAUGUAUUGUUAGACUUUUAUUCCAAUGAGUGUUUAUUAUGCUUGCCCCUAUGACAUACUCAAAUUACAUUAUUAUAUAUACCCCCAACUUCCUCUACUUUCACACAAACAUAACUACGCUUCCUCAAAUUUGCAACAAAUUCCUAAAACACACCCUAUCUAAUUUGGUGUCUUGCUUGGUGUGUCAAAUUAAAUUUAACAAUAUUUGAGCAUGGAGUACACCAAAGCUAGUAACGUUGUACCCUCUACAAUGAAAGCUUGGGUAUAUGAAGAGUAUGGAUCACCAACAAAUGUACUUAAGCUAAAAUCCGACGUACCGGUUCCUGAAAUCGAGGACGAUCAAGUACUUAUCAAGGUUGAAGCUGCUUCUUUGAACCCAAUUGAUUACAAAAGGAUGUUGGGUUUCUUAAAGGCCACUGACUCUUCUCCUCCGACGAUUCCAGGCUAUGAUGUUGCUGGUAAAGUGGUUAAGGUAGGAAAGGAUGUGAAAAAAUUUAAUGUUGGAGACGAAGUUUAUGGAGAUAUCAAUGAGAAAGCAAUUGAACUACCAAAAAGCUCUGGCUCCUUGGCAGAGUACACAGCUGUUGAAGAGAAGCUUUUGGCUCUAAAACCCGAAAAGUUGAGCUUUGUUGAAGCUGCAAGCAUACCCCUUGCUAUUGAGACUGCUCACGAAGGUCUCGAACGAGCAGGCUUUGCUCCUGGCCAAAGCAUCCUCGUUCUUGGUGGUGCUGGUGGAGUUGGAACUUUUGUUAUUCAGCUAGCAAAGCAUGUAUUUGGUGCGUCCAAAAUUGCAGCAACUUCCAGUACAACAAAACUAGAACUAUUAAAGAGUUUGGGUGCUGAUUUAGCCCUAGACUAUACCAAGGAAAACGUCGAAGAUCUCCCUGAGAAGUUUGAUGUUGUAUUCGAUACUGUUGGGCAAUGUGAAAUCGCGAUAAAAGCAGUUCAAGAAGGUGGCAAAGUGGCAUCAAUAAUUGGCAAUGUAACUCCACCAGCAUUCAUAUUCAUACUCACUUCUACUGGUUCUGUACUUGAGAAGUUGAAACCGUACUUGGAAGAUGGAAGGGUGAAACCGGUGAUUGACCCGAAAAGUCCAUUCCCAUUUCCUCAGACUGUUGAAGCCUUUUCUUAUCUCCAAACUAACAGAGCUACUGGCAAAGUUGUGAUUCAUCCAAUCCCAUGAAAAUACUCCAUCAUUAUUAGUGAUAAUAAAGCGCGAAAAGUAGAAUUUUGCUUUGUUUACUUUUAUUGUUUUUAGUGUUGGUUUUUUGUACUGCAUAUUUGAAAUGACAUUGUUUGUCUUCUGUGUAUGAUUUGUGUUGUAAGACUUGUAACACUCUCCCCCAUUAAGACCAUGUUCAGUGUGUUCACUAUAAUAAUACAGUACUGUUUCAAAUACAAAAGAAGUUGUUUAUACAUCC